GUGGCCAGGAGGGUGGCAGGAGUGGAGGGGACACUUCACCAUGGAAUAUGAAGUCAAGAAAGGGAAAAAGGGCUUCGUGUCCCCCAUCCGGAGGCUGGUGUUCCCGAAGGCUGGGCGCCGGGCAGCCUUUCGAAGCAGUGUGAGCCGCCGGCCCCUGCAUUCGAUGCCCCUUUAUCCCCCCGACUACCUCAUCGACCCCCAGAUUCUGCUGUGUGACUAUCUGGAGAAAGAGGUCAAGUUCCUGGGCCACCUCACCUGGGUCACCUCCUCACUGAACCCCUCCAGCCGCGACGAGCUCCUGCAGCUGCUGGACACGGCCAGGCAGCUGAAGGAGCUGCCGCUGAAGACCACGGCGGAGCAGGACAGCAUCCUGAGCCUGUCGGCCCGCUGCCUGCUGCUCACCUGGCGCGACAACGAGGAGCUCAUCUUGCGUAUCCCCACGCACGAGAUCGCCGCUGCCUCCUACCUGCAGGACGACGCGCUGCACCUGCUGGUGCUUAAGACCGGUCUGGGCGUGGACCCGGUGCCAGCCGGAGUAGACGCCAGCCCCGGCGGCGCGGGGCGCGACCCGGGCCCGCCCGGGGCGGCGCCCGAGAAGCGGCGGGUGGGCGCCACGGAGCGGCGCCACACCAUCUGCAGCCUUGACUGGCGGAUGGCGUGGGGCGGGAGCGCGGGCGCCGAGGCCCGGGCCGGGGGCGGCGGCGGCGGCAGCCUGGAGCGCCAGCGCGCCGGGGCGCGGGCGUCGGGCAGCUGGGAGCGGCGGCAGACGUUCAGCGGCAGCUGGGAGCGGCGACACGGCGGCGGCGGCGGCGGCGGCGCCGCGGGCAAGCCGGGCGGCAGCUGGGAGCGGAGGCAGGCGGGAGGCGGCGGCAGCUGGGAGCGGCGCCACCCGGGCCCCAACCCGCUCGACCCGCAGGACCCCAGCCCCGACGCCUACUGCAACCUGGUCAUCCUGGCUGUGGCCAACAGGGAUGCUGCAGAGGAGUCCUGCGCCCUCAUCUGUCAGGUCUUCCAGAUCAUCUACGGGGACCAAAGCAUCGAGUGUGUGGACCGGGCCGGCUACCACUACACGUCCACGCCCGAACGGCCGUGGCUCUGCAGCCGCAGUGACAGCUGCCGCACGGAUGGGACUUACGCCUAUGACGCCGACUUCAGCUGCUGCAGCUCCUUCAAUGGCUCCCAGGACACAUUUGAAGCCUGUUACAGCGGCACGUCCACACCCUCUUUCCAUGGCUCCCACUGCAGCGGCAGCGACCACAGCAGCCUGGGCCUCGAGCAGUUGCAGGAUUACAUGGUCACGUUGCGGAGUAAGCUGGGGCCCCCUGAGAUCCAGCAGUUUGCCCUGCUGCUGCGGGACUACCGUCUGGGGCUGCCCAUCCAGGACUAUUGCGCAGGCCUGCUGAAGCUCUACGGAGACCGGCGCAAGUUCCUCCUGCUUGGGAUGCGGCCCUUCAUUCCGGACCAGGACAUCGGCUACUUCCAGGGCUUCCUGGAGGGCGUGGGCAUCCGCGAGGGCGGCAUCCUCACCGACAGCUUCGGCCGCAUCAAACGCAGCAUGAGCUCCACGUCGGCGUCAGCCGUGCGCAGCUACGACGGCGCGGCCCAGCGGCCCGAGGCGCAGGCCUUCCACCGGCUGCUGGCCGACAUCACGCACGACAUCGAGGCGCUGGCCCCAGACGACGACGACGAAAGCACUGACGAGGAGGCCCAGGGCUCCCCGAGCGGGGUCGACGCGGCCGAGGACAACUACCUGUAGCCUGUGCCGCCGCCCAUGCGGAGGGCGGGGAAGGGGGUGGCCCCAAGACCCCGCUCCUGAGUGUCACUCACCGUUGCCUGUGGGACCCCAUCCCCAGAACUCCUCCUCAAACCCCCAACCGGGGCUCCACCCUCCCGGGGUCUCUGUCCCUACUCCCGGGGCUCCGGUCCCUGCAGUACCGAGAAUGUCCUGCAGGGGGCGGGAUCCUAACCGGGACUUGGCAGCCCCUAGGCCGGCUGGGGUGGACUGCGAACUUCUUUGUCCCACUAGCCCCGCGGGUUCGGCUUCUGGACUCUCCCUCCUCCUCGAGACUCCGCAGCUUUCUGGAGACCAAGGGAGGGAUGAAGAGUGGGCUCCACCUGCUGGCCGGUUGAGAAAAUAGUUCUCAGAGCCCGAAGACCUCUGUUCCUCUUAUUUUACAGUUUGAGAAACAUGUUUGAGAGAAGGGACUUGAGGGAGUCUCCUGAUUCCCCUUAGACAUUACCUCAAACUGACCAUACUAAAUGGUGUAGAGGGUAUUUUUAAAGCUCUAAGAGGCAGGGUCUCCCCUUCGCAGGUGGAAUUAGAUCGUUAGUGUGGAAUAGAGGUUCCUUUCUACUGAGAGUCAACCCAGAGGUGGACGAUUUGGGUCCCAGUCCUGGCCCUAAGGCUCUGAACAGGUUGCUUGUUCAGAUCUUGCAUUUGGAGCCAGACAGGCUAGGUCUCCUGUCUGGUAGCAGUUCUAGCUUCUCUGCAUCUGCAUUUCCUCUUCUGACCAUGAAGUCGGCCCCACCCACCUCACAGGGGCGUCAUAGGGAUGACUGAAGGUCAAGACCUCAGUGCUGGGUCUAGCACGUGAUAAGCGCUCAAUAAAUGCUGUUCCCUUCCACAUCGAACACUUUCUGACUCAGUUUACCUGUCUUUACCUGUGUGCAACGGGACAGGAACUGAAGUGGAGGUGAGAAGACCCUCAGGGAGCUCACAGUUUGGGAGGAGGAAAUAGGAAUUGCCCCUCACAGCUCUAUUACAGCCUGGCUCUGUGCUCGAGGCCCAAAUGAAAAGUACCCAAGAUUCCGCAGACAAGCCGUCGCAUCUGGGGUAGUCAAAGAAGUCUGAAGACAGGGUUGGAGGGGAGGAGAAGUCAGCAUAAGGACAGGACUCAGCACAGCCUCAGUAAAGGCUCAGAGGCUGAAAGAAAGAAGCCCUGAGAAGAGGCAAGAGAAUUGCAUAGAAGAGCUAAAAUUUAUUUGUAGAACUUUACAUGGCCUUCCAUGGCCAGACACAGGGCACUUACCGUGAGGUAGGUACUAUUAUCACCAUUGUUAAAAUUAUAUCAUUAUUAUUAUUAGGGCUUCAGAUCCAGAGAGUUUCAUGAGUUAUACUCAGUUCGUGGCAAAUGACCAUCCCAUCAUAACUGAUCCAUGAAAGACCCUUCUGAUGUCUUACUUUGUUUUAUAUUCCCCGAACUCCAUCCAUACAUCCCCACAAUCCUUCCCCUCCCUACAAUAGGCACCCACCCCUAUGUGUUGAUAUAUAUCCCUGGACAUAAAAUGUACAAUGUCUUCUGUGUGUGUGUUUAUAUUACGUAAAUGGUAUUGUAUAAGGUUCUCAUUCUGUUGUUUCCUUUUUCACUCCCUAAUAUGUUUUUAAGAUCUACUUAUGUUGGGACUUCCCUGGUGGUGCAGCGGUUAAGAAUCUGCCUGCCAAUGCAGGGGACACAGGUUUGAGCCUUGGUCCGGGAAGCUCCCACAAGCCAUGGAGCAACUAAGCCUGGGCGCCACAGCUACUGAGCCUGCACUCUAGAGCCCGCGAGCCACAACCACUGAAGCCCGCGUGCCUAGAGCCUGUGCUCCCCAACAAGAGAAGCCACCGCAAUGAGAGGCCCGAGCACCAGGACGAAGAGCAGCCCCCACUCGCCACAACUAGAGAAAGCCCUCGCGCAGCAACAGAGACCCAACGCAGCCAAAAAUAAAUAAAUUUAUUUUUUUAAAAAAAGAUCUACUCAUGUUGCUGUGUAAAAACCUUAAUUAUUACAUCUAACCACUGCAAAAUAUUCCAAGCUGAGCAUCCACUGUUUUAUCUAUCCAUUCCCCCAGUGAUGGACACUCAGGUUGCUUCCAGUUCCCUCUUACCAUAAACCACACCGUGAUGAACAUCUUUGUGCAUGACCCUUAUGGGGCUGUGUGAAAAUUUCUUUGAGCUCUAUACCCAAGAGUAGAAUUACUAGAUCAUACAGCAUCUCUGUUUUAAUUUUCACUAAAAUCUGCUAGGAUGGCUCCACUAGUAGCGUGUGAGGGAUGUUUUCUCCCCACAUUUUCAGCAACUUUUACAUUAUCUGACUUUGUAACUUUUGCCUACCUUGGGUGUAAGAUGACAUCUCGUUGUUUUAACUUGCGUUUCUCUGUCAAUCCUGAGAUUCAGAACCUCCUAUACUUGUCAGGGAUUUAGGCUUCCCCUUCAGUGAAUUGUCUGUCCAUAUCUUUUCUCCAUUAUCUCCUGGAUUUCCUGUUUUUUCUUGUUGAUUUGUAGGAGUAGCUUAUAAAUUUUAGAUGUCAAUCUCUUUUUGGAUAUUGUUGUUACAAGGAUCUUCUCCUAGAGCAUUGCCCAUCUGUUAUUUAUGGCAGUGGUUCUCCAACUUCAGCAUUUAUCAGAAUCUCCUGAUCCCCACUCCAGAGUUUCUGACUCAACAGAACAGAGGUGGGACCUAAGAGCUUGCGUUUUUGGUUUUGUUUGUUUUUAGCACUUGUGGUUUUUUUAAAAAAUAAAUUUGUGUAUUUAUUUA